AUGGCUGUGCGCGCUCAAUUCGAGAACUCGAACGAAGUCGGCGUCUUCUCCCUCCUGACAAACUCCUACGCCAUCGUCGCAGUCGGCGCCUCGGAGAACUUCUACAGUGUCUUCGAAGCCGAACUCCAGGAUGUCAUCCCCAUCUGCCACGCUACUAUCGCCGGGACACGUCUCGUGGGACGGUUAGCCGAUAGAAACAAAAACGGUCUCCUUGUACCGACGACAACAACCGACCAGGAACUGCAGCAUCUGCGCAACACGCUCCCGGACAGCGUUAAGAUCCAACGGAUAGAAGAGCGGCUGUCUGCGCUGGGGAAUGUGAUUUGCUGUAAUGACCAUGUUGCGCUGGUGCAUCCCGAUCUGGAGCGGGAGACUGAGGAGAUUCUCGCCGACGUGCUAGGCGUAGAAGUCUUCCGCCAAACAGUCGCCGACAACGUCCUGACAGGCUCCUACAUGGCCCUGUCGAACCAAGGCGGCAUCGUCCACCCCAAGACUUCCAUCCGCGACCAGGAUGAGCUCUCCUCGCUCCUGCAAGUGCCCCUCGUGGCCGGCAGUGUCAAUCGCGGAUCAUCCGUCGUCGGCGCCGGCAUGGUCGUCAACGACUGGCUGGCGAUCACGGGUCUGGAUACCACGGCCACGGAGCUGAGUGUCAUCGAGAGUGUUUUCCGCCUGGGUGAGAUGGCGCCCGGUGGUGCGGGAGCGGGUGUCAACAAGGAGAGUAUUGUGGAGAGUUUCUAUUAG